UUCCACAAGUUUUGCUUUGUCAUCUUAAUGUUUUUUGUGCAUGAAGUGAAUGCACCCAAACCCUCAACCCUACAACAAGGGCCACAAAUUCCCUCACACCACAAGUUCCCAUUUCCAUAUCUUCUCUCACUACACAUAUAUAUAUGGACACUACAAACACCUCCACAAACUCAUCACUCCCACUUCAGAACUUCAAGAAUCUUCAACUUCUUCUUUCAAAGUUUUCUUUAACACACAGACAUGGCUGCAUACUCAGUCUUCCCAUCAAGAAGCUUGAAGCAGCGAUCCGUCCAACGUUGCUCGAAGCAAAUGAGGGAACACAAAGCUCGUCUUUACAUCAUAUGGAGAUGUACAGUGCUUCUUUUGUGCUGGCAUGAAUGAAGAGUUAUGUGCUCUUGCAAAUAUAGAGCAAGUGUGAUUCAUCUGCAGUCACACACACAACACACAGUAGCUGUAGAAGAAGAUCAUAUGAUUAAUUUGGUUUUUUAGCUUUUGUUAGGAGGGUGAUUUUGAUCUUGAUUUUUGUAAUUUAACUCUAGUUUUGGGCAUCAAAGCAAAACCAAGAUUGUGUUGCUACUUUCUUGUGU